AUGCUGUUUCAGCAGUCCUCUUUCUCCCUAGAGCCGAAUAAAGAGGCCUUUGAUACUAAAGCUGAAGCAGCUCUAGCAGAAAUUAAAAUAGCUUUCAAAUUGAAUACUGCUCGUUUUGCUACUAACCUCUGGGUCUGCCUGGAUAACUUAGAGGUAGCUACGCGCCUCCUUUCACCUUUCACGGGCUCGUCCCAAGGAGUCUUCGAAUCUUUCCAAGCCUUAGCCCAGACCUGGCUGACACGAGAGAGAUUCUUAUACACGAAUAGUGGCUCUGUACGGGUCUGCUGGGUUCCCGGUCAAAUACAGAUCCCUGAGAAUGAAACAGCUGAUCAAGCUGCAAAGAAAGGUGCUACUAUAGAUCCUUCUCUUUCCAGCAAACACUCGUAUGCCUCGCUAAGGCGGCAGGCUAAAGCAGAUAUAAUAACUGCCCUUCAAAGAUAUUGGCAGUCGACGGCCCCUCAAUCCUAUCAAGAUCUUUGGAUUACCAACUUCCCUAGGUACCCUGCAGAGCUGAAGCUUCCAAGACCGUUUCUAGCACAGAUUCUAGCUGCUCGUACGGGCCACAGAGACUUUGCAGCCUACCACGAACGGUUCAAUCAUAAAGAUGCCUACCUUUCCUGCCGGUACGGUACGAGAAAGUCUACAAUACAUUUCCUCUUCUGUCGUAUCGCAAAGAGACGCUUGCCCCGACCCCCAGGGUCCUCUUCUGACAUAAUCCCCUACCUGCUUGGCACCCCGAAAGGCGCAACUGAGCUGGCCGCGUGGCUUACAGAAACUCGUUUCUUUGAAGAUAUUUGCACCCGGCAUCCACUAUCUCAGCUAGACUGA